GAGGACGGGCAGCCGAUGUGGAAACUCCAGGUCUCUUCUCCCAUCGAAGCAGCAGACGCCCUGCUGGCAGACUUGGAAUCAACCACCUCCCACAUCUCCAAACGGCCAGUGUUCUUGUCAGAGGAGCCCCCUUACUCCUACCCAACUGGAAACCAUACCUAUCAGGAGACUGCAGUGCCACCCCCUGUUCCACCACCCCCAUCCAGCGAGGCCCUCAAUGGCACGAUCCUUGACCCCUUAGACCAGUGGCAGCCUAGUGGUUCCCGAUACACUCACCAGCAGCCUCCAUCCCCGUCACCUGUGUACAGCUCCAGUGCUAAGACUUCCGGUGCCUCUAACCCUCAGGACAGCGCUCUCUGUUCCCGAGCAGGCGAGGAAGAACACGUCUACAGCUUCCCCAACAAACACAAGUCCGCAGAGCCUUCACCUACCAUGAUGAGCUCCUCCCUGGGCAACAACCUCUCGGAGCUUGACCGUCUGUUACUAGAACUGAACGCUGUGCAGCACAACCCUUCAGGCUUCCCUGCAGAUGAAGCCAACUCAAGCCCCCCACUACCUGGAGCCUUGAGCCCCCUUUAUGGUGUCCCAGAGAGUAACAGUACCCUGGGAGGAAAAACUGGGCCCCUGAUGAAAGAGAAGCCAAAGCGAAAUGGAGGCCGGGGCCUGGAGGAUGUGCGGCCCAGCGUGGAGAGCCUCUUGGAUGAACUGGAGAGUUCUGUGCCUAGCCCUGUCCCGGCUAUCACUGUGAACCAAGGUGAGAUGAGCAGCCCACAGCGAGUCACCUCCAGCCAGCAGCAGACACGCAUCUCGGCCUCCUCUGCUACCAGGGAGCUGGACGAGCUCAUGGCUUCACUGUCGGAUUUUAAGAUGCACGGCCUGGAACAGAGAGUGGAUGGAGAGCGGCCGUUGGGGGCAGCCGGCUGGCCCCCCAGCAGCAGGCAGAGCAGCCCUGAAGGGCAGGACGAGGGAGGGUUCAUGGCCCAGGGGAAAACUGGGAGCAGCCCACCCCCUGGGGGACUCUCAAAGCCUGGGAGCCAGCUCGACAGCAUGUUGGGAAGUCUGCAGUCUGACCUGAACAAGCUGGGAGUCGCCACGGUGGCCAAAGGGGUCUGUGGGGCCUGCAAGAAGCCCAUCGCUGGGCAGGUUGUGACUGCCAUGGGGAAGACAUGGCACCCCGAGCACUUUGUCUGCACCCACUGCCAGGAAGAGAUCGGAUCACGGAACUUCUUCGAGCGGGACGGACAGCCUUACUGUGAAAAGGACUACCACAGCCUCUUCUCCCCCCGCUGUUACUACUGUAACGGGCCCAUCCUGGAUAAAGUAGUGACAGCACUUGACCGGACAUGGCACCCGGAACACUUCUUCUGUGCUCAGUGCGGAGCCUUCUUCGGUCCAGAAGGGUUCCAUGAGAAGGACGGCAAAGCCUACUGUCGGAAGGAUUACUUCGACAUGUUUGCGCCCAAGUGUGGCGGCUGUGCCCGCGCCAUCCUGGAGAACUACAUUUCAGCCCUCAACACACUCUGGCACCCAGAAUGCUUUGUGUGCAGGGAAUGCUUCACGCCUUUCGUCAAUGGUAGCUUCUUUGAGCACGAUGGGCAGCCAUACUGUGAGGUCCACUACCACGAGCGGCGAGGCUCCCUGUGCUCUGGUUGCCAGAAGCCCAUUACUGGCCGCUGCAUCACCGCCAUGGCCAAGAAGUUCCACCCGGAGCACUUUGUCUGUGCCUUUUGCCUCAAGCAGCUCAACAAGGGCACCUUCAAGGAGCAGAAUGACAAGCCCUACUGCCAGAGCUGCUUCCUGAAGCUCUUCUGCUAGGUCCCUCCCAUCACCCACCCCUCCCCAGCCAGCACCACCUACUGCUACUGUGACCCAAGGACCUCGCCCAGGGGUGAAGGGCCGAUCCGACAGAAACUGGAAGCUUGUCCGUGGCAGGAGCAGGACAGGACUGUGGAGGUCCUGCGUGAUCCUCACCCCACAGAGUUUCAGGGGCCUCCUUCCCCUUCUUCAGCUCUCCUGGGCUCUGUGCACUUCUUCCUCCCCGGUGGUGGAGUCUGGGGCCCAGUAGUCCCUAAGUGUGUCCUCAUGAGCCAGCACCCCACCCACCCUAGAGCUUCUCACUGUCACCGUUCAGUGUGGAGUCAGAGUGGGAGGGCAGCGAGGGUCAGCCAGGGGCUCUUUUUAUCCUUAUUUCUCUCACCCUAAUUACCCUGAGUGUACUGGGGACUCCGGGCCCCCUCUAGACAAUGCCAGCAUAAACUCACCCACAGGCCACCUAAGGCACUUUGGGUUCCACUGUCCAGUCUCCCAGGAUCUGGGUGACUGCCCCGGGUUCACCGAGAGAGGCUUCUCCAGCAAUAAUGUUUUAUGUAGCCACAUCUCCAUCUCUGGGGAUGGCGUGAGGUGGGGAUGGCCACCCGUGCCUCAACACUGUAUCAAUUUUGAUAGAUUUCUACACUGAGGUUCGACUUCGUAUUGCUCAAGUUGCUUUUACUUCUCUCUACAAGAUGAUUUUGAAGAGAUUUGAAGAACGUCCCCUUUUGUAUUCUUGACUUUGUUCACCGUCACUGGUCCUGCCAGUGGCCUCGGCUUUGGUAUGGACUUUGCUUUGUACUGAGGGAUUGGGAUGGGUAAACAAUUUGUAUUUUAUUUUGUUUCUUAGCACAAGCCAGUUGAGACCCUGUUCUGUAACUUCACAGCUCCCCAGGACUGUUUUAAACUGCUGUAUUUCCAAACUUCCCUUAUUGCCCAGGCCAACAGGCUCUUCAUUAAGAACUGGUCUGAGGGUCUCCAGCCCUUUUGGACCUGGAAUUUUGAACCUCCUGUGUCCUGUUCCCAAGGGAGGCAAAGGGGAAAGUAUAUAUUUGGGGUCUGCUUCCUGCCUGAGCAAGCCAUCAGGAGCCAGUCUCUGCUCCUCAUGAACUUUCUGGCAACAAGGAGAGCCCAUUGGACACUUACUUAGCCACCUCGUUGCUUCUCCGUGCUCCUUCCGCCUUCUCAGGAAAGCUGGGGUCUGAUUUUGACCAGGAAGAACCAUAAGGGUCUCUGGACUCGGUCCUACUGGGUGUAUCACUUCCUCAAACUUCCUGGUGAUUGGAGCAAAGUUUGCUGCCUCUCACAGAUGGGAUUCAUGCUUGUGGGGGGAUGGGGGUCCUGGGAAGAAUGCCCUAAGUUGGUGAAGAGAGCCUGGUAGGAUUUGGAAUAGAGGGACAAGAUCCUGUUAGAGCUAUGGAAGGCUCCAUAGCUCCCAUUCCAAAGGAUGGAGUGGGAGCAGCCAGCCCUGGAACAGGCACGCACACCAGAAGGGUCCAGAGGCAGGGGACCCAGACAUUACAUCACCUUCCUAGUAGAGGCCCCCUGUGAUGGGAUCCCAGACAAGAAUCCUUGGUCAGGGCUAAGCUAGCAGCCCUGGUCCCGGAAGGUGAGCUUGGCGCUCCAGAGGUCUGACACAGCACUGCCACUCACAGGCCUUUACUGCUCUGUUUACAGUGACCCGUUCCAGGCCCCUCUCCAAGAAGAGACUGGGGUAUCUGGAAGGCCAUUCUCUGGGUCAAUGGAUGUGUGAUCAUUUGACUUUUUACCUAUAAACUCCUAACCUGGCUUUUUCCAUUUCAAUUCCUGUGAUUUAUGCCAAUAAAGUUUGCCAUUAUUUUCA